CUCUCUGUACCGACUCAGCCCACUCCGCUUCUUCACCCCUCGCUGCGGACCUACCGAGGCUACCGCAGUGAAUCCGUCAUCCGUCGACACAGACACCGACCGCAAGACCCGGCGAGACGCUCCUGGGAUCCGCGAUUUUUCGUGCGGAGAAUAUUCCUCAGCGCCCACGCUGCCCGUCGGAUUCCGUGACACUUUGCGCAGGGCGAAGACAACCCGAGCGACAGGAUGGGAAAUGAAGCAAGUUAUCCGUUGGAGAUGUGCUCGCACUUCGAUGCUGAUGAGAUUAAAAGACUAGGGAAGAGGUUUAAGAAACUGGACUUGGAUAACUCAGGAUCCCUCAGUGUUGAGGAGUUCAUGUCCCUACCUGAACUCCAGCAGAACCCGCUGGUCCAGCGGGUCAUCGACAUCUUCGACACGGAUGGCAACGGAGAGGUGGAUUUCAAAGAGUUCAUUGAGGGCGUCUCUCAAUUCAGCGUCAAAGGGGAUAAGGAGCAGAAACUCCGCUUCGCGUUCCGGAUCUAUGACAUGGACAAGGAUGGCUACAUAUCAAACGGCGAGCUCUUCCAGGUCCUGAAGAUGAUGGUGGGCAACAAUCUGAAAGACACGCAGCUGCAGCAGAUCGUGGACAAGACCAUCAUCAACGCCGACAAGGACGGCGACGGCAGGAUAUCCUUCGAGGAGUUCUGUGCGGUGGUCGGUGGUUUAGACAUUCACAAAAAGAUGGUCGUGGAUGUGUGAAUGGACGGAUGGCCUUUCACCAAAUGCCCCCCUUCUCUCAUUCUCUUUUCCUCUUUUACCACCCUUCCUCGCGCUCUCUCUCACUCUCUCUCAUUGCGUCCAACUAUCAGAUUCCCCUUUUUUUCUCUUUCUCCAUUUUCCAAUGGAAGUAUUUUGUUUUGUGAGACCACACCUCACCCACCUGCGCAAAAAAAAACAAAAACCAACCCCCCCAAACUUUGAGUCAGAAGACGCCAACCAUUUCAAGUGUUAUUGAGCAUUAUGGGUUUUUUCUUCCUACUGAUGAGAAAUGAUUUUCAUAACACUGGACGAGCAUUUCAAUUUACUUCAGUUUGGUGGGGAAGGAGGGGAUGAGAGAGAGAGAGAGAGAGAGAGAGAGAGAGAGAGAGAGAGAGAGACUCACUCCGUCUGUGUGUGCGUGCGUACUGUGUGUUAUAGUCUGUUCCUUUGUCUUUCAUGUUAUUGAAUGGGGGACUUUUUUAUAUUUAUUUUGCUCUUGUCUUUUUUAAAGUUGAGCAUGUAGGUGUGCAGGGCAGUGUGUAGAGGCUGGAGAUGUGGAGUAUGACCUACUUGAUUUCAUCAUGUGCAGAUAGAGCAUGAAGUGCCAAUCAAAAUUAAAUACAUGUGAUUUAUAAAAAUAGCUAAACAGAUCAGAAUCACCAUUGAAGAUUAUUUCAUAGUACUGGGAGAUUGGCUCUGUCGUGAAGUGCUGCACCGAAUCCACCAACGUGAAUUCGCUUAACAGGUUCAUUGUUGCUUUGACCUGUUUCCAAUGUAGGGAAAAUAGUUGGUAGAUAAUAGCAAUUUGAGUUUUGCUUCAGAUAUCAUGAUAGGAAAGGUGAUUAGUGUUUUGUAAUACGGGGAGUAUUUUGUGUGUGUGUGUGUGUGUGUGUGUGUGGCGUGCAUGUACUUGUGCACGCGGUUUAUAAUGUUAGAAUGUUACAAUGCAGUCCUUGCUUUGUGAUAUCCACUGGAGCAGAAUAAAUGCAAAAACAUUUUUAGUUGUGCACAAACACAAACUUACGGUUUACCUAUAUAUAUAUAUA